ACAGAGCAUCACCAGCAACAAUGGCGUCCCACCGAGUCACCUACCGCCGCCGCAACGGCUACAACACUCGCUCCAACAAGACCCGAGUCAUCAAGACUCCCGGCGGCGACCUCCGAGUUCUUCACAUCAAGAAGCGCGGCACUGCCCCCAAGUGCGGUGACUGCGGCGCCAAGCUCCCUGGUGUCCCCGCUCUCCGCCCCCGCGAGUACUCCCAGAUCUCCAAGCCCAAGAAGACCGUCCAGCGCGCCUACGGUGGUUCCCGAUGCGGUGGCUGCGUCCGUGACCGGAUUGUCCGCGCCUUCCUGAUCGAGGAGCAGAAGAUUGUCAAGAAGGUUAUGAAGGAGCAGGAGGCGAGCCAGAAGAAGAAAUAAACAAACAUUUUUUUCCCACCACUAGACAAAAAAAUAUUUCGACUGAUGGACUUGGCUUUCUGUGCGGGAUGGCAAGGAACUCUUGGGGGUUUGGUUCAUUGCUUUGGUGUUCAUUAGGGCAAAAACGGACUGCAUGAUACAUUAUGGCCGAGCCGACCCAUGGCCGGUCUGCUGCUGUCUUUAGGACUGCUUCCUCUUGGUGAUCUAAUGGAACGAACAUCAAGUUGGUACAGAAUUGCCCCCUUGUUGCAGAUGUGAAGUCGGUGCGAGUUGGCGGGCAGAGGUGG